AUGUCUAAAUGGGCCGCCUACGGGCUGGUCUUGUUGGCCAACAUACACCUCAGCACCGCUGACGGCACGGGAAUGAUAGGCCUAGGCAAGACAAUGUACAAUCCAACAUGCGCAUUUGCUUGCCGUGCAGUCAUCGCAUCCUGCCCAUUACUUUGUACGACAAAGGAAAAGGGCGCCAAAACACCACCUGAAUGCUACACGACUGACCAGGCUUUCCUGCGUACCUUGGCCUUGUGCAUCAACUCCUACUGUAGCCAGUUUGACCAUCCUUCGCUUGCCAAAAUUGAGAGAUACUGGGAGUCGCAUCUAGCUUCUGGAACUGUUGCAAAUUUCGCUUGGACGCCAGGUAUGUCGUAUGGUGAAGCUCUUCGCCAGGCUCGCAUGGACGAGAAGAACAGCACGAGUCACAAUGGGACAGCUUCAACUGGCGGUCAUAAAAGGCAGUUACAGCGUCGACAUGGUAGCAGUUCUGGCUCUGAAGAUGAACAAAUGGAGAUGGACACAAACAGCACAUUACCGACCAUCAGGGCCAAGGCUCCUCUGAACGUUACAAGUGUGGUGAGAAAAGCAGACUGGCAAAAGAACUAUAAUGGUCUAAAAGGCUUUGAAGCCAACGAAACCGGACAUGCGACAUAUACUCUUGUCGUCGCAGUGGUAGCGCUCCUCAUGCCAGUCCUCUUAUCCUUGCUACGCUUCGUCCCGGGACUUAAUCGCAGCCGCACAUGGUUAUGGAUCAACUCGAUCCUCAUAGAGCCUCCCGUGUUGGGAAAAUCCCACCGUGAACCCGUCGCCAAAUACAUCGGAGGAGGUCUGAUGCCCACCCGCGGACAGACACUCUAUAUCAUCCUCAUAUCAGUGCUCAACAUAGUCUUCCUGCUAGCCCCUUACACCGCACUCUUCCCACAGAGCGUAUUCGCAACGAUGAAAGACAUGGAAAUAAGCACCAUCGGCAACAGGGCAGGCAACCUCGCCAUGGGAAACUUGGUAGCCCUCUUCGUAUUCUCGGCCCGCAACAACAUCCUCCUCUGGCUGACCGACUGGCCAUACGACACGUACGUCCUACUGCACAGGUGGCUCGGAUACUGGACCAUCUUCCACACCAUCCUCCAUUCCAUCAUGCUGUGGGUGUACUACGCCUUGGACGGGACGUACGCGGAGGAGGCAGCAAAGAAGUACUGGAUCUGGGGAAUAGUCGCGACAGUUUGCGCCACGGCGUUGUGGCCAUGCUCCCUGCUUAUUGUGCGACAAAAGGCAUACGAAGUAUUCUUGUGCACCCAUCAGGUUUUGGUGGUGUUUUUCAUCGUCGGGUAUUACUAUCAUAUUUGGGAAUUGUACAAGUAUAACUGGGGUUAUGAGAUUUGGGCAUUCGUCGCUGUUACAGUGUGGAUUCUCGAGCGUUUGGCAAGAUUGUUGCGUGCUGGUAUGACAGGUAUGAAGAAUGCGGUUGUUUCUCCUGUUGAAGACUCCGGUGGGGAUUAUCUCCGCGUUGAGAUUGAGAACGUCUUUGCAGAGGGAGUCGCGUACCUUUAUUUUCCGACUCUUUCGUGGCGGGUUUGGGAGAACCAUCCAUUCUCGAUUGCGUCUUCGUUCUCGACGGUGUCAGAUCCUGGGAACAGUUCAGAUGAGGUGGGGGAUGCGGAAAAGGCCGUCAAAGCAAGUAUCAUGGCUGGCGAGACUUGCCUGACUGCAUCUGAGGCGAGAAAUGUAUCUGGCAGUGCAGCCAAAGUCAACAUUGCGGUUCGAGUUCGAUCAGGCAUGACAGCUCGUCUCGCAGCCAGAGUUUCUGCGGCCAACGGCCCGAUCCGAAUCCCCGUUUUCCUCGAAGGAUCGUAUCACUCGUCGUCUGGGAAUCAGCUCUCCCAGUGCACGAGGAUACUCUGCAUAGCAGGUGGCGUUGGUCUCAGCGGCGUCUUGCCCAUUCUCCAUAAACAUGUGAAUAGACCGGCCAGACUCUGUUGGGGCAUCCGGAAUCACAGCCUGGAAGCAGUGUUCAAAGACGAAAUGAACCGUCUGCCCGCCACAGUAGACAUAGAGACUCACAUUGGCUCACGGAUGGACGUUUCCUCCAUCCUGACAGAAGAGCUGACCAUGUCAUGUGGACCUCAAGACCGGGGUCCGAUCGGAGUUAUCGUCUGUGGACCGCCAGGCAUGGCUGACGAUGCGCAUGUCCCCAGUGCAUUUUCACCUUCGAAAGCGACGUUUGAAGCCGGCAGGACAGAUGAGAUGAUUCCGACGGCUCGUCUGGCAUCAGCGCUGUGCUGGUGCCUCCUCUGCUGGCUUGCGGCUGCCAAAGCGCCCAAGAACUAUGCAGAUCUUUGUCUUCAGUCGUGUCAGAAUGCCUUGGCGCCGGUACGAUUUGCGGACGACGAUCUGUCUUCUUCAAAAUCAGCGGAGGAGAUAUGUCGAAGCCGACGGGCCGUGACGUCCAUGUACCUGUGCUUGGAGGCGUUUUGUGAGACCGGACUUAGAGCCGAUGAGGUUGCCAUCUUGAAUGAGACGUGUGUUGGGUUAGGGGCGGGUGGACUGCCUCCCAUUUCUGUUGUGUCGAACUAUACGGCUGGGGAUAUCGAGAGACUGCGACAUAUUAAGCUUUACGAGACGUUUGGCCCUGGAGAGACGAUGAAUGAGGUUGUCGUGCCUGCGUUUGAACUUUAUAAAGCGUGGUUUGAUACACUGGAUGCGGUUGAAUAUGUAAACCAUCAUCACUUCUUGUACGGCUUCGCCAUGAUUGCGUUUUGGGUUGUCGUGGUAGCCAUCGGACUCGCAAACAGGAUAAUCCUCUUCUUCAUCCGCCUCCUCAAGACAUAUCGUCUGUACAACAGCCAUCCCUCUGAAUCAAUAACAUGGAUGAAGAAACGGCUCCUCAUCCCAGCCACAUUCGGCUACAAAUCCGCAACAGAAGUAUGGUGCGGAACCAUUCCCCCGCGAAUUCAAACAUUAACAAUCCUCGCAUUUACCAUCCUCAACAUCAUAUACAGUAUACACGGAUACAAAAUCACACCAGUCAAUCUCUAUUUCCCAACCCAAACGAAGCAAUGGCUGCGUUAUGUUUCCGAUCGAACGGGUAUUAUUUCAUUUGCCAACUUCCCCAUCAUAUGGCUGUUUGGCAUGCGUAACAACUUUGCCAUUUGGCUUACGGGAUGGGAUUUCGGUACAUAUAACAACUUCCAUCGGUGGGUGGCGCGGAUUGCGACCCUACAAGCUGUCAUCCACUCGGUUGGGUAUACGGUGCUCAUUCUAAAAGAAGGAGGAUGGACAUAUUUCGCUUGGUGGUGGACGCAAAUGUUCUGGGUAGUAGGCGAAGUGGCCACGGUCCUCAUGUGCGCAUUAGUAGCCUGCUCAAUCUACUGGCUGCGACGGCAAAAAUACGAACUCUUCCUGAUCCUACACAUUGGCAUGUCCAUCGUAAUUCUCGUCACCAUGCUGGGUCAUGUAUCCAUCUUCGACGGCCAAUACGACGGCCUCUUUUGGGUCCCCGUAUUCAUAUGGCUAUUCGACCGAGUCCUCCGCGUCAUGCGCAUGUUCUUCUUCAACCCAACUCUCAAACCGACCAUCGCAACCGCCACGUACAACUCCUCCACCAACAUCGUGCGCCUCGAAGUACCCUGUUGUUUCAACGCGUACAACGUCAGCCCAGGAACAUACUACUACCUCUCUGUAAUUGACGACCAGCGAUUCUGGGAAAGCCACCCGUUCACCGUGGCGUCCGUUUUAGACGGGACCUCGCCGGUAAAAACGUUUGGCGAACAAGUCCCUCUUUUGGAGUCGGAUGUCGUCGACGCAGAGGAACAAGAUGUGGAUAAAGCAAAGUCCAAGCUUUUGACAUUUCUCAUUAGACCAUAUGAUAGCUUCACUGGCCGAUUACGCAAUCUGGCUGCGGGGGCAUGGCCCGAGCCAGCGUCCAUGCGGGUGCUCGUGGACGGACCCUAUGGACAUAGCCAACCACUCCAUCUAUUUGAUCAGGUUGUGUUUGUGGUGGGAGGUAGUGGUGUUGUCGUGCCCAUGUCGUACCUGGGCAUGUUGACUGGGGGCAGCAGGUCUGUUCAGCUUCACUGGGCGGUACGAGAGCCAGAGUUUGCAGCGAGUGUUCUUUCGAAUGACAUGGGGGUUGCGGUUGGUGAUUCAAGCUUUAGCAUUGACUUGUACUUCUCGGCAGAGACGGAGAGGAACAUUACCGCGGAUAUACCGUCUACAGUGUCGCGGCAUUAUAGACGGCCAAACGCAAGAGGGAUUAUUCUUGCGGCGGCAGAGAAAGCAGGCGAGCAGAGUGUCGCUGUCGUGGCUUGCGGUCCUGCAAAGAUGGCAGAUGAUGCUAGACGGGCCGUGGUUGAGGCUUUGGAUUUGUUUGGGUGUCAAAUAGAGUAUUUUGAGGAGAGUUUUAGAUGGUAG